AUGAAAAAGUUCACCUCUUUCGGAAGCAGCUCCAGUAGCCACAAAAAGGAGACCUCUGCAAAGACAUCAGGGGAACAUGGAGAACCCAACGCGUGCAAGGCAGGCGGUUUUUCGCUCGAUUCCAGCACAAUGAACGAACUCGAGAUGCUGCGGGCAGAAAAUGCACAUUUGAAGCGGCUCAUCGAGCAGAACGACGUUCAGGGGCAAGCCGCCGAUGACCCUGCUAGAGCUGCGGAGUUGGCACACCUGCGCAGAGAGCGCGAUGAGCUUCAGCGGCAGCUGGCAAACCUCCAGAAUGACUACGAGGCUCUCCAGAGAGACUAUGCCAAUCUGCAGAGAGACCGGCGAAUUGAAGUGAACGAACAUCAUAGCGAGGCACGGACAGUGGAGGCUCAGAUCGAGUUCAUGAGUCAGCAACAUAAACAAGAAUUGCAAGAGAAGGAGAGUCGCAUUCGAGAGUUGGAGAUGAAGCUUGUCGACUUGGAGCAGGAAGUAGAGCUCGCGCAGAGUCCCACGAACUUCAUCCAAGUGCGAUCGCUCGACCUCGAUGAGAUGAAAGAGAGAGUCGCGGAUCUGGAGAAGCGACUGCAAGUGGCAAAGGCCGACAAUCGAAGACGCGCUGAGGAAGCAGAUCGCCUUCGAGAAGAACUGGAAGAAGCGAAGGCUCGAGGGGGAGACGAGGGGAUAGUUGCAUCGGUGAACGCCGAAAGAGACUAUUUCAAGGCACAGGUCGAUGAGCAGGAGGCGAAGGCGCGGAUUUAUCAAGAAAAAGCGGCCGAACUCGAGGAGCAAUCACACUCGCUCUCUGACGAGCUUCAAAGGAAACAAGACGUCUCGACCGGUGGCAGGCUCGACGCUUCAGACGGCGCGCCAGGAGGCGGAGAGGCGUUGCCUCAGGAGGUGAAGGAGCUGCAGCAGCUGCUGAAGGAGAAGGAGAAAGCCGUUUGGGACCUGAGCGAUCGACUGCUCGUCACAAGCACAGAGAAGGACACCAUGGAACUGGAAAACCGCCAGCUUAAGGCUCAGUUGGAAGCUGCGCAAGCGAGUUCGCAGCCGCACACGCCUUCGGGAAAGAAGAGCAAAAGCAAGGGCGGGAGCGUCUCCGACGAGGCGUACAGACAGGUACAGACGCAGCUAGCGGAGCUACAGUCCCAGCUAGCGGCCUCGAACGCCGAGAAGGAAGCGAGCGAGCGACGAAGAAAAAUCCAAACCGUGGAGAUGGAGCAGAAACUUGACGGCGCCGAACGCAACCGCCGACGCCUCGAAGAAGACAAAGACCGUCUCGAAUGCGCACUGAAGAAGAAAGACGCAGAACUCGCUGCUAUGGCAAUUUCCCAGGAUUACCGCGCCCAUGCUCUCGCGGUUGCUCGCGGCGUAUCGCUUCCGCCUCUCCCAGGAAAACUCGCGGCUGUCGAAGGGGCAAAGGCAGACGGCAGGCCGGCGGAAGACGAUCUCCAGACGGAAUUGGCUUUGAAAACCGCUGCGCUUCGCUCGCUCAGCGUCAAGAAUGCACAUUUGAACGACGUCUUGCAGAGACUGCGCCACGCGACCAGCACAGAGUACACCGAGAAGGAGCUAGCAAAGACCAAGGAGACCCUCCACGAAUCGCAUUUGCAGCUUUGUCGAGUGAAAGACGAUCUGCAGAAGGCGCAAGCGACGAAAACGCAGCUGGAAACGCGUCUGUCUCUCCUCGAGACCGAACUCGACGUCUCUCAAAAGGACUGCCGAGUCGCGAGAGAGGCACUGGCUGAGGCUCAGACGCGCAACGCGCGAACCGCUGAGCUGUACAAAGCUCAAAAUGAGAAAUAUUCGUCGAUGCUCGCUCUGGCGAUGGCGGAUGUCGAGCGCAUGCAGAAGGAGCUGACGAAGGAGCGUAGCACUCGCCGAGAAGCGUCGAAGGCCUUUCGCGAACAGAUCAGGCGCUUGCGAGCCUCGAAGGCCCGUCGCCUCGACUUUGCGGCCGACGACCCGCUCCAGUCUCUUCCUCUGCCCAGCGAUCCGCCGUCUUGUGUCUCGGCCGAAAACGCAAGCGACGCUCGCCAGACUCUGAGCAGCUGCGCAUCGCCGCAAGAGACCCAGGCGCCCCGCGACAAACCUGCAACGACGGCAGUGCAGACCGACCGAGACGCCUUCGCGGGUCAGCGAGGCAGCGCGUUUUCAGGGAAAGCGCUUGCGCCUAGAGAGACCUCGACAGAGACGCGUGGGACAGGUUGUCUCGUGUCCGCAACGACAGAGAGGACGGGGGGACCGAACGGAGGAUCUCCGCUCGUUGGGGAGUCGACGUUUCUCGCAAACCCGUCAGGCGUCUCGACGGUGUGGCGGCGCGAGACACGUCCGCUGCCGCGGCCUCUGGGCGACGAGGAAAUUCCUUUUCUUGCUUCGCCCCCGCUUUCCGCUUGCCAGCGGUCGCCGGUGUGCUGCGGAGAGGACGGCAUUCCGUGGCAGGGGUUCGCACCGCCUUCGAGCCUCUCGCCGGGCGUCUUAGCGAGCGAGCUGGGAGGCGCCUGGGCCAGUGAGGUGUAUGCACACCGAGUCCCACAUGCCGACGCGGGCGCUGCGGCCUAUCUGUCGGACGAAGAGGUGUACUACAUCCUGGGAGAAGACGGCGCUGUCCACUGCGUUCCUCGCGUGUAUGAGCCCAAGCAAGGAUUCGACGGGAAGGAACUUCGCGAGGAACAGACGCUCCAAGUGACGAAGGAGGACCAGCAACGAGCAAAGGAGAUCCUCAGGAGCUUCAUCGAAGAAGACGAGAGACGAAUGCACGAUGCUGAAAACGUCCGAAACUCUGCAAGACGGAGCGAGCGCCAUGACGAGGAGAGAAGACUGCGCGAGGGCCACCGUUCCAGAGUGGGGAAACCUUCUUCCCCCACCAACGGCACAGAGAGUCGAGAUGGCUCGUCCAGCUGUCCGUAUCCUCGAACCUACUCGCGUCCAGGUCAGCGACACUCACCCUCUUGCAAGUCUCCGAGGCGACAGCCGGCGCAUGCGCUCGGCGCGAUCUACCUCUCACCUGCCGUGGACUGGUCGAAUCGGGAGUCCUCGGCCGGUGACGCCGGCGUCGGCUUGUACUCCGAGACCCGCUGUUCCUCGAGGCCCGCGACGUACCGGACUGAAGCGCGACAGGCGGAGAGCCGCCCCGUCCAGGCCUUUGGCCACGAGCCCACUCAGCAGACGCUCUUCGUUCUUUCGCCCGAAACCUCGCGCCUCGUGAGCACAGCGAGCGACGCAGGCCAGGCGCUCGACAGGUUUUCGUCUGCGAAGCGCGAGCCUCCAAACUCGGACUGCCAGGCCGAGGAGCCCAGUGAGGUUCCCGGCCUCUGCUCGUUUGAGGAACUGUUUCCUUCUGGCCCUUUCGCCAUGAAUAGAAACCUUUCGCCGGCAGCCGAGCCGCGUCUGACGCCGCGGUCGCAGGCCGGGGUCGUCUCGGAAAAGGGUUUCGUUUUGCGGGACAGCCCGCUGGCGUCGGCGCCUUCGCCGGGGGAUCCUGGAGAGGCGCGAGGGGACCCGGAAGGCGGUGAACAAGGGUUGGGAAGGGGUUCGGGAAAGGAGACAGAAUGCAGGCGAGAGGACGGAAAGGAGGGACACUCCCCGCGCUCGGCUGUGCCAUCGGAGCGCUCUAGCGCCUCCGCUGAAACCUGCGAGGCCGCGAAAGAGAGUCGGACGGCGCACGAGAGCCAGGGCGAAGGCCAGGCGACUCGAGCAGGGGAAGAAAGCGAAGCCAGGGACGGGGAAGAGAGAGGAAAAGGAAACUCGAAAAACGCCGAAGGAACACAGUUGAAGCCGCUACCCUCGCGAGCCCAUGCACGAGACGGGAGUCUUGCAUGCAUGGAAGGGGGGAUGGCAUUGCUGCCGGAGGAGAAGAAAGAAAGCACCAUGGAUGUUGCCCACUUUGUUGACCGCCUUCAAUCCGUUAGCGAGAAGGGGAGGCACCUGUUUGGGAAGGCGAAGAGUGAACAGAGAGAUCAGAUGGGAGACGAAGGCCCGAAACAGGACGGAGAGGCGACGGAGGAAAUCGCAUCCCUCGACGAGGUUGAUUUGUCUUGA